GAUUGGCAGUUCCGCUCAAAAUGCUAAUUAACGUGCCAUAUCAGCAUUUUCGCGAUGCUUUGCAUACCAGUAGAGCUUACCUUAUUGGAGGCAACAGACAAACAGGAGAGUGGGUACCCGUCUAGUAAUGGAGAGGAUCAGCGUGGAAGGGGAAGAGAAGUGUGUACAUUUGUUGCAGCAGCGAAGGCAAAGCGAGCUCGUGUUCGAACUUCGACGUUUGCGACUGCAGGAGAAGCCCGUUACGACAUGCGAUCAGAAGUACGAGCUGGAGGCGAUGCUGAACCGGUGUCAAGUCGAGCGAGAGCGAACUCCAACAGCAGAUCACAGGGAAAUUUCUCUAGCCAAGCGACCGGAAGCGAUUAUGGUGGAGAUCCAAGGUCUGGUAGAGCAGAGGCCUGUCUCAACUAUUCUUGCCAGUCAGGAGUCCAGGCGUAAUCUGGAGGAGGCGGUAGAGAGUGCACGUGCACGUGCACGUACACCAUUUGGAGGGACACGCCCUGUCAAUGGUCUAGGGAGUCAUAUUCCUCAUAGCUCCAGGAGAAAUUCUCUUCCUGUGGCCAGUUGGAGAGCACUCAGUAAUGACGCACAGACGGUAUCCGCACCAACAGGAAUUCAUGAUCAUUCGAAUGACCGACAGGAUAGAGAGCAAUGGAGGCACUGGAAUAUGAACGAGAUGCAAAGCGACACCCUCACAACCGAAAUUAGAGAUUUAAUUCAACAACAUGUUGUCACGUUGACCUUGGAGUCUGAGUUUAGAGGUGAGUUAGAGUUGCAUGUGCAAGAUCGACUGCAACGCUCUGGAGGAAAUGGAGAAGACGUGCAGAGAUUUAUUCGAUCUCUAGGUCAAAGUGAGAGGAGACCAACCUUGCACCGUCUGCAUCCAGCAGGUGCUGAGCACGAGUUGUCGAGAGAAAUUCGUCUAAUGAAGACAGAAAUGCAAGAGCUCAAACGCAUGGUACGCCUAAGCUUCGAACUGCAGCUCGAUGUUCAACGAGCAAUUCGGCAAGAAGUUGCUGCAAUCGUCAAUGUGGGUCUCAACGGUCACUCUACCGAUACACCCACAACCACCAUCUUUCGAUCUGCAACGGUAGCAAGUGCAGGUCCCUGUGUUAUCUGCUCGGACCAUGUCGUCGAUACCCUGCUAUACAAAUGCGGUCACAUGUGUGUCUGCUACAGGUGCGCGAUGGAACUGAAAUCGCAGCAGCACAACUGCCCAUUCUGCCGAGCACCCAUCGACGAUGUUGUUAGAGCCUAUCAGUGUCAGUGAUAUCCAUUCUUUCGCUUGUUUGGAUAAGUUUGUACAUAGUAAGACGAUAUCUGCCUAUGUAGUUCUUUAAUGGUCUCUAGCUAAGUGAUGUUUCUUGAGGUGAAUGAAACCAUGGUUACCCAC